AUGGGGGAGUCUCACAGGAAAACCGCCCUGAUCACGGGCUGUUCCGAGGGCGGUCUUGGAUUCGCUCUCGCGAAGGCCUUCGCGGACGCCGGCUACCACGUUUUCGCAACCGCUCGCGACCCGCGCAAAGCAGCCUCCCUGACCAGUUACAGCGCACAGAUCGAGGUGCUCCAGCUCGACGUGACUUCGGCCGAGUCUGUAGCCGCGUGCGCAGCCGAAACGCGGAAGCGCGUGUCGGGCCGCGGCCUCGACGUGUUGGUCAACAAUGCCGGUGUCGGGUUCGUCCUGCCCCUCCUCGACACCCCGAUUAGCGAGGGCCGCAAGCUGUACGAGGUGAAUGUUUGGGGCAUGUUGGCCGCCACGCAGGCCUUCGCCCCGCUGCUGCUCGACGCCAAGGGUGUCGUGCUAAAUAUCUCGAGCCUCGCGGGGGCCGUGCGCUUAGCUUGGCAAGGCGUGUAUAAUUCGUCCAAAGCCGCCAUGACCUUUCUGUCCGAGACGCUGCGCAUCGAGUUGGAGCCGCUGGGAGUCCGCGUUGUUACUGCCAUGGUCGGGGAAGUUGCAACAGACUUCUACGCGAAUGGUACUGCCAGGAAGGCAUUUGCGCUGCCGGCGGACUCGCAUUACAAGUCGGUCGAGGCCAUCAUCGGCAAGCAGAGCGCCGGGGAGCUGCAAAAGAACAACGAGAGCGCCGAUGUGGUGGCCCGAAACCUCGUGCGCGAUGUGAUUUCGGGGCGGAAGGGUCAAGUCUGGCGUGGAGGAGUUGCGGGUACAGCCAAAUACGCAUCGUGGCUACUCCCGACCCGAGUCUUU